AUGGCGCCGAGAAUCGCUUCUUUGGAGGAAAUUAGCCAGAGGAAGGUCAUUGGCAUCAAUGCAGAAACCGUUACAAAUAUUUCGUCAACAGAUUUCCCCGGUCAUUGGCCUGGCGAAAAUCAUGAGUGGUCCAUUGAUGAGUUCAAAAGAAACCUCAAAGUCACCUUCCACAAGAAUGAACCGUACGAAGCUUCGUUCUCUUUGGUUGGCGUCGACGCAGCUAUUGCAAACGCCUUCCGCCGCAUUAUGAUCGCCGAAAUUCCCUCCCUUGCUAUUGAAACUGUCUACAUACACAACAACACCUCCGUUAUUCAAGACGAGGUGCUAGCGCAUCGUCUCGGCCUAGUCCCUUUAACCGGCUCUUCAGAGGGUAUCAAUUGGCUGCGCUGGUUUAGGCAGCCAACGGAAGGCAGACCAGACUCUGGCAGUGAACUCGCAGAUUACAACACCGUCGUGCUACAUUUAAACGUGGAAUGCACCAAUAACCCCAAAGCCAGCGCAAAUGAGGACGACCCCCAAAAGCGCUACAACCAUGCGCACGUGUACGCCAAAGAUAUUACAUUCCACCCUGUAGGUCGGCAAGAGACAUACUUCCAAGAACCAGAUGGCGUCAUCCGCUCUGCGAAUCCUGACAUUCUUCUGGCGAAACUGCGACCCGGCCAAAAGAUCGAUAUUGAAAUGCAUUGCGUCAAGGGCAUUGGUGCUGACCACGCUAAAUUUUCCCCCGUUGCGACGGCAUCAUACCGUCUCCUUCCAGAUAUAAAGAUCAUUCGGCCUAUCCUUGGCAACGAUGCUCUCAAGUUUGCGCGAUGUUUCCCUAAGGGCGUCAUUGGAAUCGACUCUGUAUCAGCGGAGGAGGCGUCGCGAGCUGGGAGCGGGUACGAAGGUCACGAAGGCGAGAAGAAAGCCGUUGUGGUUGAUCCUUUCAAAGAUACUAUGAGCAGGGAAUGCCUAAGACAUGAUGAAUUCCAGGGCAAAGUCAAGUUAGGUCGGAUACGGGAUCAUUUUAUUUUCAAUGUUGAGAGCACAGGGCAGUUCAGGAGUGACGUCUUAUUCAUAGAGAGCGUAAAGGUUCUCAAGCUUAAGUGCAGAAGAUUGAAACGCGAUCUGGCAAAGCUCGCUGACAUGACAGAGGUUUCAUGA